CUCUCGGCAACGCCACCAGCGAGAUUUUGAAUGCUGACGGCGAAUGUGGCGGCGAAGUAACUUACCGGGGAAUUUAGAUUCCGAUCAAAGCAUAUCAGAGUGAUUCUCAAGUUGUUGUUUGGUCUUUUAGAGGAAGAAGACGAAGAAGAGCACAUCAAUGUUAGUUCGAAAGAAAUUGACAUGUGGCCAAGUGAGAAUGCCAAGGAAGAGGGGGGAUUACUACUUCAAACAAAGCUCGAAAAACUCAUAGGUUGUGGUGAACAAAACAAUUAUGCUAGGAAAACCGGUGUUGUAUCUCUGGAAGCAACUAUACGGAAGAUAUCAUCCUCUCUUGAGGAUGACGACGUUGAUGUUCCUGAUUCCCCUGAGGAGAGUUAUCUUGCUUCUUCCAUAAGAGCAUGCGUACCUGCUCAGAAAAAUGGUUCAGAUGAUGAGAUUCAACAUGACGACCAACAGGUGGCAACGUGGUCCACUAUAAGUAAAGAAACCAAGUCACUAAUCCAUUUGAAUGGUAACGCUCCAGUCUCAUCAUCCCAUCUAUCUGGAUUCAGAGCCAAGAGAAGUAGUAAAGUUAUCAAAGAUCAUCUGAGGCCAAAAUUUUCGUUUCACUCACAUACUCCUGGAGAAACGUCAUCCAAGAUAAGUGAUAUGGCUGAAAAUUUUGAGCCUACUGCUUAUCAGGCCAUAGAAGAGGAUCCAAUUGCUGAAUGUCCCAACGGUUUUGAUGAAGCAUCAGAAAGCAGACAAGGUAUUUCUGUUGCUGCGUCAAGAGAGGUUCUGCAUGGGUUCACUGAGGUUGCUAUACCAAAGCUUUUAGACAUUCCUCCACAUAAGAUUAGACUGAUCAAAAGAACCUCUAAACUGUACAGCAGACAUGAAAGAAAAUCUCAUAAGGAAAGCUCAUCGAACAUUCAAGAUAGUGAUACUGAUGACGAGCUACCUGGACCCAUGGAUUGUGGAUCAUCAAGCGAUGAUGAGCCUAGUUAUCAAACCCCAGUGCCAAACAUUUCCAACCAGAAGAAACAAUUUGUUGGAGACCGGUUUGAUGAAGCAAUAAAAGCUUCCUCUUUUAGCAAGGAAGGUCUCUUGUUCGGUUCACCUAAAUUAUCAGGUGGCUCUAGUCUAUAUGGGAAGCUACAACAGAUAAUGAAACAAGAAAAAGAGACGGAAAUGGAAAUCACGAAGAAAUUGCAGGGGGGAAUUGGACAACCAGAUGCGUCAAGUUAUGUUGAUGUAAAAAUCAUGUCAAGACACUUGGAGGGAAAGCUUGUCGUGUGCAAAUGCUCUGUUAUUGACCUUUCUGGGGACUCCCUAUUGCUCAAGAACACACAAGCCCUUGCGGCCAAGGAGACAGAAACAAGAGUUCUCUUUAGUACAAAAGUUUGUGCGGAUGUUGAUAUCGAAAUAGGGAAUUGUAUCCGACAUCUAUUAACAUCUGUUAGAUUAACCUGUUUGAAUAAAACGACGUUUGAACUCGAAAUCCCAAAUUACUUCGAUCUCUAAUCCCUAAUUUCACAAACCCAAAAAAAUAUCCAAACCACUUCAGUCUCUAAUCCCUAAUUCUCUAAAUAAACAUGAAACUCUGUUUUCGAUUUGAUGCCGAAAAUAAAAAACAAGGGUGUGAUUACGUUUGUAGGAGAAAGAGUUGAAGAUCCACCGCGAGACAAAUCCACAGUGGGAAGAUCUCGAAAACAGGGUUUUGUGUUUAUUUAGAGAAUUAGGGAUUAGAGAGUGAAGUGAUUUGGGGAUUUUUUUUGGUUUGUGAAAUUAGGGAUUAGAGAUCGAAGUAAUUUGGGGAUUUAGAGUUCAAGCAUCGUUUUAUUCUAAUGGUUUUAUCUAACAGAUGUUAACGGUGUUAACGGAGCUUAGUUGCUCUGUUACCCAAUUUUGCGAGAUGUGUAUUUUGGCGUUUUUAGAAAAGUUUGAUGUUUAAUU